CUCAACUCACUAGCCUCCUUCUUUGUUAUCUGGCGUAUACUGAAGACCAGCUGAUACAUCCAGCUUCAUGCCACCUUUCUGCUGUUAACAGCCUGAAGGAGCAUCUCCACCAGCCGUGAAAGGCAAUCUAACGCCUUCCUCUUCUUCCUGGUGUGAGCAGAAGAGCCACAUAAGUAGAAAGGACAUCGGCUGCUGCAUUGAAACAGGAGCUGGCAGAUGAUGGACAGCAGGAAACAGAGAGCUGAGACCCUGCUGUCCCUGUCACCUGCUGAAGCUGCCAACCUCAAGGAAGGAAUCAAUUUUUUUCGAAAUAAGACUACUGGCAAAGAGUACAUUUUAUACAAGGAGAAGGACCACAUAAAGGCAUGCAAAAACCUCUGCAAGCACCAAGGAGGCCUGUUCAUGAAAGACAUCGAGGAUUUAGAUGGAAGGUCCGUUAAAUGCACAAAGCACAACUGGAAGCUAGACGUGAGCACCAUGAAAUACAUCAACCCUCCAGGGAGCUUCUGUCAGGACGAGCUAGUUGUCGAAAUGGAUGGAGACAGUGGUCUUUUUCUCCUAGAACUGAACCCUCCUAACCCCUGGGACUUUGACCCCAGGUCUCCCGAAGAGUUAGCUUUUGGGGAAGUACAGAUAACUUAUCUCACGCAUGCCUGCAUGGACCUCAAGCUGGGAGACAAGCGGAUGGUGUUUGACCCUUGGUUAAUUGGCCCUGCUUUUGCCCGAGGAUGGUGGUUGCUACACGAGCCUCCAUCUGACUGGCUGGAGAGGCUGUGCAAGGCAGACCUCAUUUACAUAAGUCACAUGCACUCAGACCACCUGAGUUACCCCACACUGAAGCAGCUUUCCCAGAGACGAUCGGACAUUCCCAUUUAUGUUGGUGACACAGAAAGGCCCGUGUUUUGGAAUCUGGAUCAUAGUGGUGUCCAGUUAACUAACAUCAACGUGGUUCCAUUUGGAGUGUGGCAACAGGUAGACAAAAAUCUUCGGUUCAUGAUCUUGAUGGAUGGUAUUCAUCCUGAGAUGGACACGUGCAUUAUUGUGGAGUACAAAGGUCAUAAAAUACUCAACACAGUGGACUGCACCAGGCCCAACGGGGGAAGGCUGCCGGAGAAAGUUGCUCUAAUGAUGAGCGAUUUUGCUGGAGGAGCAUCAGGCUUUCCAAUGACUUUCAGUGGCGGAAAGUUCACUGAGGAAUGGAAAGCCCAGUUCAUUAAAGCGGAGAGAAGAAAGCUCCUGAAUUACAAAGCUCAGCUGGUGAAGGACCUACAGCCCCGAAUCUACUGCCCGUUUGCCGGUUAUUUCGUGGAAUCUCACCCAUCUGACAAGUAUAUUAAGGAAACAAACAUCAAAAAUGACCCAAAUCAGCUCAACAAUCUUAUCAAGAAAAACUCUGAUGUGGUGACAUGGACCCCGAGACCUGGAGCUACCCUUGACCUGGGCAGGAUGCUGAAGGACCCAACGGACAGCAAAGGCAUUGUGGAGCCUCCAGAAGGGACAAAAAUUUACAAGGAUUCUUGGGACUUUGGCCCGUACCUGCGGACCUUGAAUUCUGCUGUCGGAGAUGAGAUCUUCCUGCACUCCUCCUGGAUAAAAGAGUACUUCACUUGGGCUGGAUUUAAGGAUUACAACCUGGUGGUGAGGAUGAUUGAAACAGAUGAUGACUUCAGCCCCUUCCCUGGAGGGUACGACUACCUGGUGGACUUUCUAGAUUUAUCCUUUCCAAAAGAAAGGCCCAGCAGGGAUCAUCCCUAUGAAGAAAUCCGCAGCCGUGUUGAUGUCAUCAGGUACGUGGUGAAGAAUGGCCUGCUGUGGGAUGACCUGUACAUUGGAUUCCAGACCCGACUGCAGCGGGAUCCUGACAUAUACCAUCACCUGUUUUGGAAUCAUUUUCAGAUAAAACUCCCUCUAACACCACCCAACUGGAGGUCAUUCCUGAUGCACUGUGGUUAGACCAGACCUGGCAUGUCCCAGGACCCCAGCCCCUAGGAUGGUACCAGCACAUGCAAGACGGGUCCUCCCCGCUUGCUCCUACCUUUCUGGAAACACUCUCAUCCUCAUCGACACCCCCCUAACGAUUGUUAUUCAUCAGUAGUAUUGUUUAUUCAGAGGUGGCAGCAAACCAAUGACCAACGUUCAAGAAUUUGCUCUUACAUCUUGAACGCAGCCGUUUCUACCAAAGGAGACAUGUUUAUAUUAGCAAUGGACAGACACUACAUUUGAGAGAUGCUCACAUAUGUGCCUUUUGUGUGUCAUUGCCUAGACAGACUCAAAACUACUUUACUGGGGCUGCCAAUGCGGCUUGGUAGUACAGCAUGGGCUCAGAGGGCAUGACACCCUGGCUUCCAUGCCCAGUAUGCCCCCGAUUCACCCCAUUCACACUCCCGUGCAAGAGGAACCAAAGAAAACCAAGAAGAAGGAGCUCUGUGUGGAAAAUAAAGCCAAACAAAAGGAAAUGUGGGGGAAUGGGAAGGGGAAAAGCUACAUAGGAGAUUCCAACAGCAAGAAGGAAGGAAGCAAAAGAAGAGAUGGUAGGCUCAGAGGAAAAGGGAGGAAAGAAUGGGAGACUGGAAGAAAAUGGGAAGGAGAAAAGGCUUCUGUAAUUUGAAAAGAAGACUGUAAAAAUAGCUCUUGUGUUCUUUGAUAAAUUCAUCCCCUAGACAGCAGCAUCAAGACUGCUUUCAGUUUUUCAGAGAGUGUUGUUGGUAUCAUCACAGGCCUGGGAUCUGUCCUAAGAGGUCCCAUCUCUCUAGAAGUGAAAUGACUUUGAUUCCGCUAUGAAGUCUGCCAAUUAAUGAAGCUUAGGAGUUGUAAUGGUUAACAGAUCUUUGAUUAAGGGAUGAUAUGAACACUAGUUAAUAAUUAUAUGCAGAAAGUACUUUAAAAAUAGAAAAUAAAAUAGAAAUAAAUAGAAUAAUAAUAGAAAAUAAUAAUCUUUAAUAAUAGAAAAUAAAAAUCUGUGUCUUCAAAAAUAACAGCAAAAAACAACAUGAAAAAGAACCCAUUUUAAAAUGGGACUUCAAAAAUAUUGUUUCAAUGUUUGAAAUAGGCAGCUAACUUGCCUGUGGUGCUUUUUCUGUCUAUUUUUGACAUUGUUUCAGAUGUACUAAUUUGUUUGUAAGAAACUGUAAUUGUUACCCAAGGUUCUACUUUGCAUGUUGUUUUCCAACACUCCUUUACCCACUGACAGGACAAUCAAAUGCAUUUUCACCUACCUCUUGAAUGUGACCUCAAAAUUGUUUCCAAACUCUAAUCGAGGGAAGACUGGCUCUCUCCCUCUCACUAAAUUCAACAACACGAAUGAUAGAUUACUCUCGUUUAUAUCACACUAGGAAAAUCAGAAAUGCUUGAGUGUCAGAAAUUAAAGUGUGAUUUAUACUAUAUAGUAAAUUAUUCAGUUACUACUAAGAUAAUGAAAUGUUUAUCAAAACAGAUGUUCAAAUGUAUAUGAUGGGCAAAUAAAAGAUUAUUUUAAAAUAGA